CCGAUUCAGUUGCGCUGAGCUCGCCAACACAAUGGCCACGUGGUAUAAUGACGUAACGUGCAGUCAUUGGGCGACAGACAGCCGGAAAAGAAACAUCUGAAAGACAUGGCAGAUGAGGUCCUUUUCGACUUUCUCCACAUGGAGAUGGUGAGCCAUGUUUACAAGGAGCAGCGCUCCAGUAAAGGAGAGCUUGAUAGCAAGGACCGAGCUGUAUGUGUCUCCAUCCUGGAAGGCAUGGGAUUCAGAGUUGGACAGGGACUCAUUGAAAGGAUGACCAGGGACUCCCCCAGCUUUAAGGACGAGUUGGACAUGAUGAAGUUCAUCUGUAAAGACUUUUGGACGCAGGUCUUCAGGAAGCAGAUUGACAACCUCCGAACCAACCACCAGGGGACCUAUGUGCUCCAGGACAACAAGUUUGUUCUGUUGACUCAACUCUCAAGUGGCAAACAGUAUCUGGAAGAGGCCCCCAAGUACCUGGCGUAUUCAUGCGGUUUGGUGAGGGGAGCGCUCUCCAACCUGGGUCUAGAGAGCGUGGUGACCGCCGAAGUCUCUCUGAUGCCUUCCUGUAAGUUCCAAGUGGUUAUCCAAAAGUUAUGACCAGAGUCCCGUGUUGCCCUCUGGAGAAAUAAACCACACGUAUCGAGAGCUCUGGCACCAUUCUGAAAACAACUAAAAAGACAUUGGGGUUUUUGUCCACUGGUCAAGAAGUUGACAAAUUUCAAUUUAGGGCCCUGAAAGAACAAGCCAUCUCCAGCCGGCUUAGCUAAACACUCUACAGAGCCUAAUGGACUCAGUGCUUAUGGCCGGUCUGACUUGGCAGUGAGGCAGACGUGUUCUACGUGGACAUGUGAAGUGAUUCUCCCCUCGUCAGCGGGACCCCCUGGAUAGGUUGUCUUUGGGCGGGGCCGAGGUGCUCAGCAAUGUGAAUGUCAACCUCGGUCGCUACUUUUCUGGUUUUCUUGUUUUACACUGUUUACCCAAGAGGAUUCUUUACUUAGUGUGUACACAGAGGUUUGUUGUGCGUCUGUAGCUGUGGUUAGUGCUUUAGAGAGUGUGGGUGUAUAGGUUCAGUGUUGGUGCUGGGACUUGUUACCGGUCUGGAGCCCGGUCUGAUGGGAACAAGUCCCUUCCUUCCCAUCAUGUCAUAGUUGAAAUAAUACAAUAUUGAUAUGACUCUAUUAUUAGGGUAUUUUUUUAAUAUAAUAUUAUUAAAACUAAGACACUGGCAAAAAAAACGUAUAAACAACGUGGGGCUUUUUUGCUGUCCCUCUGUGGGGUUUGCCUUGUGGAGUUUAUGUAAUGCAAGGUUGGAGUCUAGAAUACAAAUGAUUAAAAAUAUAAAACCUGAGUAAGAAUCUUUCCUCCAAAGGUAUCAACAAACACACUCACGCACUCACAGAUGAAGAGUAAGGAGCUUUCUAGGGAUUAUUUUUGUCCAUAGAUGUGAAUUCAUUGUCAUUUGUAAUAAAAUGUAAAUGGUCAGGAAAGAUUUUUCAGGAAUUCGAUUUUCGAUUCGAUUCGAACAGUUACAUACAACAUCUGUAUAGUAAUGUAUGAACGAUCAAAGGUUGUCCAUGAAAGGUGUAAUUAUAACCUAUACCACUAGAGGGAAACAUUUGUCUUUUAGAGUUAUUUGUUUGUUUAUUCGUGUUUUUCUAAAACCAUCCAUGUUUAAACAUUCCUUUGUUUUUUAUCUCGUUCAUUCUCCAAGAGACGGAAAUUAAAACUUAUUUCACGCAGUCAAUGAUUCAAAACUUGAAGCAUUGUAUACGCUAUAAAAGCACUUUGAUCUGCCAAAUUGUAUUAUUAUGUAGUUCUUAUUAACUUAUUUAAUAGUAUUUUUCAUGUGGCAUGACAUCAAACAUAUUAGUUGAACUGAUGGAUAAAAUGUAUUGUGUAUAUCUCAAAGGCACAUAGACCUACCUAUAUUUCUGGAAUAGCAUUGAUCUUAUUACAAUAAGUAGAUAGUUAUAUUAUUAAUAUUGCACAUCUAGCCACAAUAGUAAUCUGUCUUGCUGUGCUAACACCAGACGCAGGAGUAAUUUGGGUAGGCCUUCUAGAGCUAAGGUUACUCCAAUACCUCUUUCCUUCAUAACUGACUUCAUUAUCUUCUCCAUGUGAUGACAGAUGUGUUACAGUGGUUGCAUUAGAAAUUUUACCAAACGAACAUCCUGUUUUUAUCCCAAUCGUGUGAUCAAAUGUAAUAGAAUAACACUUAUUCCAAUGUUUAUAACUUUGAAUAGCCCAAUAGUGAACAAAAAGUUAACGGUGAGGUUUUUUAAACUAGAGAGUUUGAACAUCCCCCACAAUAUAACCUUAAGCCCAUCCCUCUGGAAAUUUGUUCUAACCCCAGACAGUAUGGAUAAAGGACAA